AUGACUUCGACAAUCGAUCCUAGCACUAUCGGGAAACCGCCGCAGCGGGCACGCAGGCAUGUCAGGACCUUGACCAAUUUUCUCCCAGAAACAGACGAAACUGGGAAGGAGAAAUGGCCCAGAGGGGACGAGACAGUGUGGAAGGCGGCUAUCCGCGGCGUGGACACCGACGUUCCUUCAAUCACAAAGUCAGUGGUCAACCAUGUUCAGACCUCCCUGGCGCGCCAGGCGUACAAUCUUGAUGACCUUGGCGCGUACCAAGCCGCCGCCAUGUCUGUGAGGGACGAUCUCAUCGUGAACUGGAAUGAGACCCAGCAGCACCACUCGCGCAAGUCACAGAAACGCGCAUACUAUUUGUCGCUGGAGUUCCUGAUGGGUCGUACCCUCGACAACGCGCUCUUGAACCUCGGUCUCAAGGACAAAUACGCGACCGGCAUGAACCAGCUCGGUUUCAAUCUGGAGGAUAUCCUUGAGCAGGAGCGCGACGCCGCUCUUGGAAACGGCGGUCUUGGUCGCUUGGCUGCCUGCUACCUCGAUUCGUCUGCCUCGCAGGAGCUCCCUGUCUGGGGAUACGGUCUCAGGUACAAAUAUGGUAUCUUCCAGCAGCUAAUCUCUCCUGACGGUGGCCAACUGGAAGCCCCCGACCCGUGGCUCGAACACGACAACCCAUGGGAGCUGCCCCGGCUGGACGUGAUCUUCGAUGUGCGUUUUUACGGGCACUCUGAGCGGCUCGGGAACGGCAGGGCUAUCUGGAGCGGCGGCCAGGAAGUGUUGGCGAUGGCCUAUGACGUCAUGAUCCCGGGGUACGAUACCAAGAGCACGAACAACCUUCGCCUCUGGGAGAGCAAGCCCAAGCGCGGAUUCGACUUAAACAGCUUCAAUGCUGGUGACUACGAGCGAGCUGUCGAGUCGUCGAACAGCGCGGCGGCGAUCACGUCUGUGUUGUAUCCCAAUGACCACACUGGGUUUGGUAAGGAGCUCCGUCUCAAGCAGCAGUACUUCUGGACGGCUGCGAGCUUGGCGGACAUCAUGCGCCGCUUCAAGAACCUGGACAAGCCUAUCACCGAGUUCCCAGACUAUGUCGCUAUCCAGCUGAACGACACACACCCUACGCUCGCCAUCCCGGAGCUGAUGCGCAUGCUCGUCGAUGAAGAGGAAGUCCCUUGGGACACGGCCUGGCAGAUCGUCACGAACACGUUCUUCUUCACGAAUCACACAGUCCUUCCGGAAGCACUGGAGAAAUGGCCAGUUCCUCUUAUGACAACACUGCUUCCGAGACACAUGCAGAUCAUUUUCGAUAUUAACUUGAUCUUCCUGCAAGCGGUGGACAAGAAGUUCCCUGGGGACCGCGAGAAGCUCGCGAAGAUGUCGCUCAUCGAGGAGGGAUUCCCACAAAGCGUGCGCAUGGCUAACCUGGCUUGCAUCGGUAGCAGACGUGUCAACGGUGUAGCCGAGUUGCAUAGUGAACUCGUCAGGACGACGAUUCUGAAAGACUUCGUAGACUUCUACGGCGUUAGCAAGUUCUCCAACGUCACGAACGGCAUCACGCCUCGCCGUUGGCUUGAUCAGUGCAACCCUUCCCUGAGCAACCUCAUCAGCGAGACGCUCAAACUGCCCAAGGCCGUCUUCCUGAAGGACCUCUACAAACUAGAUGGUUUGUUGGAGCAUAUCGACGACCCGACGUUCCAGAAGAAAUGGGCGGCGAUCAAGCAGAGCAACAAGGAGCGCCUGGCGCACCACAUUGAAACGACUCUGGGCUUCCGGAUUAACACCCAUGCGAUGUUCGACGUGCAAAUCAAGCGGUUGCACGAGUACAAGCGUCAAACCCUCAACAUCAUGGGUGUUAUUCACAGAUACCUUACCUUGAAGGACAUGACGCCGCAGGAACGUACCAAGGUCAACCCCAAGGUCGUGUUCUUUGCGGGAAAAGCUGCUCCUGGAUACUAUGUUGCCAAGCUCACCAUUCGCCUCAUUGUCAACGUCGCGCGCAUCAUCAACAUCGAUCCGGACACCAAGGAUCUCCUGACGCUCUAUUUCCUUCCGGACUACUCUGUCUCCCUCGCCGAGGUGCUGAUUCCUGCGUCCGAUAUCAGCCAGCACAUCUCGACAGCUGGUACCGAGGCAUCAGGCACGUCGAACAUGAAAUUCUGUCUGAACGGUGGCCUGCUCUUGGGCACAGUCGAUGGUGCGAACAUCGAGAUCGCGGAGGAAGUUGGAGAAAGCAACGUCUUCUUCUUCGGCCACCUUACGCCCGCCGUCGAGGACCUCCGCUACCAACACACGUACCACGCCGUGCCGAUCGAAGAGAAGUGCCCGGCCCUGGCGAGAGUGCUGGAUGAAGUCGCUGCAGGACGAUUUGGUGACGGCAGUGUCUACGAACCACUGCUCAACACGAUCCGCCAAAUUGACUACUACCUGCUGACUGAGGACUUCGACUCCUAUAUUCAGGCGCUUAGGAUGGUCGAUGACGCUUACAAGGACCGCGUCGAAUGGAUCAAGAAGAGCAUCAGGACUACGGCCAAGAUGGGCAAGUUCAGCUCUGACCGUGCGAUCCAAGACUACGCUCAGGAGUACUGGAACAUCGAAAGUACCAAGAUAGAGUAA